UGCAAUCCAAGACAUUGCUGUCUUUGGGACUCCAGUCCGAGAAUGGAUUCAGUCCAGGAAAAAGUGCUCUGUGUAUUAGGCAGCCUAACAGAAGCAGAAACCCUUGGCGUGAUGCAAGCGCUGCAAAACCUUGGUGUUGAGACGAGCAACGAUUUGACCUAUGUCAGUGAAGAAGACUUAAAGGGGUGUCUGAAGCCAAUUCAAGUUCGAAAACUGCUCGCAAGCUUCCGUGCUGAGGGGGGAUUACCCAAUAGUGCUUCUCACGAUAUACAAGAACCGCAAUCCUGCGAUCUUACGCCGUUACCCAGUUCAAGCACAGAGUCACCGACUUCACACCUGGAUCCGGAAUGGGCGGAUAACUUCGUUGUGCCAUGGACAGAGAUGCCUUCAGCCCUGAACACUGCUCUGAAAUCCUACAAACGACCAGAACCUAAACAUCGUAGAGAAAUGGUCCGAAUCAUAGUCAAGGCUGCCAUGAAGAAAUGCAGUCGACCCUUGAAAAGACACCUGGACAUAAUCGCACGCAAGAUAGUCAAGGACCACCCAUGUUUGAAAGACGUUAUUGAUGGGCGCGUCGUCGGAACUGGACACGAGUCCCUGCUAAAUCAACUCGUCUCAAGGGUGGAAAACAGCGUUCGCCCAGAAAAGCCAUCUGGCUCUCAAAGGGAAGAAAAAAGAAAGAAAAGGCAGUACGGAUGCCUAAGCCCGUGCGGACCUGACGAGGCCGAUGAUAUUUUGAAGGAAAAACAAGCUAAGCUCAAGGAACUCUAUCAGCAUGGAGAAAACCAAAAGUACGAUAUACUGGAUCUUAUGGAGAGCACGUACUCACUGCAGAGGGCGAACAUUGAUUCUGGCGUAAUGAACGUGGAGGACCUCAAGGAGGCUUGGCCUUUCCUUUUCCAGCCCUUUGGUUUAUUUCAACACUUCAGACGACUUGUGUCCGUUGAUAUUGAAAGUGCUCUCAACGAUUCACUGCCAAGCAAAGCUCAGAAGAUAAUGGAGUUUAUGCAGUACAAGAAACUAGAGAAGAAGAAACUACUUACCGUUCUUCAAGGACGUGCGGGCCAUCCCGAAAGUCCGCAAGCAGUCAUGAUGUGUGCAAUCCUGCUUCUGGUGACAUACUUCGGCGAAAAAUUGGAACUGCUACUUCUUCACAGUGAGAAAGACAAGGCAGCCACUGAAGUGACGCAAGGAGCAACACCUAUCUCGCCAUGCAUCAUUGCUCAUCGAGAUAGCAUUUACACAACGAAAAGUUACUCGCUGUCAAUCGACGGAACCAUCGUCAUGGAGGACCUUCACCUCUUUGAAAGAUCCUUGGCCUCACUGUUCAGUGCCUACUACGUCUUCAACGUCGCCUACCCGGAGGAGAUCUGCGCCACCUUAGAGUUUAUUCAGAGGUGUUUCGUGGGCGUCAACCCUGAUAGGGGAAAUCGUCGAGAGAAGAAGAGGAAAACGUGUGUCCACAAGAAAGUUCUCAAGCUCAUCGCAGACAUGGCGGAGUUUGAGUGGAGUUGCAAAUAAAGCUAAGAAAAUUUUUCCACUUUGACAA